CCAGAUCAUUAAAACUUGUCCUCAAGUGGGAAAGCAGCAAUUGUGGGAUACAACAAAAUCACGUUCAAUUGAUAUAGCAAAAGGUGGAGUUGCCAGUAGUAAUGGGCAAGUGGUUCAUUCAAUAUUCCAUUUAUGUGCAGUUUACCAAAAAUUUUCCAUUUUCCGACUCAUGCCACACUCGCUGUUUGCGAUUCCGAGGAGGGAAAGGAGAGAAGGAAGUAGAGGGAGAGAGAGCGAGAGCGAGAGCGAGAGCUAGAGAGAGCCAAUCUGUUGGCUGUUCUCUUUGUUAACCUGUCCCUGGGACCGUGAAAUUCUUCUACUUCCUCGAACUCAAAUGGGUCGGUUUUUUUGUGUCCCACUCCCCACUUGUUGGUCUUAGCUGUCUCUGCCCGCGUUGUUACCUUCUCUUUCUCAUAUUUCUGUUCUUUCUUCCCUUCUUCUGUGUCUUGAAAGACGAUCGAAUUCUCUCUUUCCUCGUACUUCUUGUUGUUGCUAAUCUGCUUGCUCAAGGUAUUUAAGAUCGAGUUUUUUGGUUGUAUUUUGUGUUUUUUACAUGCUCCCUGGUUGAAUUUCGUUUAUUUUAUCAUCUUCGAGGUAAAGGAAGGUGAUUUCUUUCAAUCCAGGCAUUCGGGUAUUCGUCAUAAUGGGAAAGCUUUAGUGGGUACUGCUUGAACUGGUGGUCGCGGGGUUUGGCUAAUCUAAUGAUUUGAUUUGGAGGACUCCCUCACCAGCGGGGUCGGAACUUGGGAAGGGCUGUUGUGGUGGCUUUCUGGAGGGUCUCUUUGUAUUUGAGGUUGGAGGGGGUUGAUUUGGUUAAUGAAAUUUCAUGUUUGGUCCAAGACGAUGGAGUGGUUUAUGGCCAGAUUUUUACUUCCUUAGCAUUGAAUACUUUAGCGCGGUGAAACAGUAUGAAGAACCUUCUGAAGAAGCUACAUAUUGUGUCCAAUCAAUCUGAGGAUACAGAAGGGUCCUCUACUUCAUCAAAGGGCAAUAAGUCCAGUGAUGGGUCAUCCCUUGAUAAGCUUUCCCAGUCUCGGUCCCUUCAUAACUCUGAGCAUAAACCUCUAUCUGCUUUGUCGGGUUGGUUGAAUUCUGUUGCUCAUAGACACAGUCCUAGUCCUCCAUCAUCCUCAAAUGCAAACGUGACGAGGGCAGAGCGAAUGGAGCCUCCCUCCGAUUCCUGGAGUAGCGGCGGUUUGGAUGUUGUUUUGGAUACAGCCAGGCGUGAUUCAGGUUCUACUAACUCCAGGGAUCCUGAUAUAGAAGAGGAGUAUCAGAUACAGUUGGCUUUGGAGUUGAGUGCAAGGGAGGAUCCUGAGGCAGUUCAGAUUGAGGCUGUUAAGCAGAUCAGUUUGGGCUCUUGUCCUCCUGACAAUACUCCAGCUGAAGUUGUUGCCUAUCGAUAUUGGAAUUACAAUGUUCUUAGCUAUGAUGACAAGAUCUUGGAUGGUUUCUAUGAUGUAUAUGGAAUUAUGACUGAGUCCACCUCAAAGAUGCCUUCCCUUGUUGAUCUGCAAGGAACACCAGUCUCGGAUGGCAUCAGCUGGGAAGCAGUUUUGGUCAAUAGGGCUGCUGAUGCUAACCUGUUAAAACUUGAACAGAAGGCAUUGGUAAUUGCUGCCAAGUCAAGGACUGAUUCACAAGUUUUUGUAGGUGGUAAUUUGGUAUGCAAACUGGCUGUUUUAGUUUCUGACUACAUGGGUGGACCAGUUGGGGAUCCAGAUAACAUGUCUAGAGCAUGGAAAAGUCUUAGUUAUAGUCUGAGGGCAACCCUUGGAAGCAUGGUUUUGCCAAUUGGUUCUUUGACAAUUGGAUUGGCUCGUCAUCGUGCAUUGUUGUUCAAGGUUUUGGCUGAUAGUGUGGGGAUUCCAUGCCGCUUGGUGAAAGGACAGCAGCAUACAGGUUCUGAUGACGUGGCAAUGAACUUUGUAAAAAUAGAUGAUGGAAGGGAAUACAUUGUAGAUGUAAUGGCAGACCCUGGCACUCUUAUUCCAUCUGAUGCGGCUGAAUCACAUAUUGAAUAUGAGGGAUCUAUCUUUUCUGCCAGUCCUUUGCCUAGGGACAUAGACUCCUCUCAUGUAGCAUCCUUCAGCAGUGGGUUUGCGAGCUCCUUUGAAGAACAUUCUGAUUUUGGAACGCUGGAUAAAAGAUCCAGGUUUAGGAAUCUUGCUGCUGCAGAGAGUGAAUCCAGCGACCAGGGUGAUUCUGCGGGCAAUGCAAAUUUAACUAGGCCAAGUAUAGUAGAGGAAGAAUCGAAGCCAACUUCCUAUGAUUGUGGAAACCGCAAUGUUGAGAAGGCAGUCAUUCGAGAAUUUCCCAUGAGGUCCACUCAUCCUCACAUGCAUGCUAGAUCUCCCUCCUGGACUGAAGGUGUAAGCUCUCCUGCUGUGCGAAGAAUGAAAGUGAAGGAUGUUUCACAGUACAUGAUUGAUGCUGCUAAAGAGAAUCCACAAUUAGCACAGAAACUUCAUGAUGUGUUACUGGAAAGUGGUGUCGUUGCACCCCCCAACUUGUUCACUGAAAUUUACUCUGAGCAGUUAGAUGCUUCAACAGUUGAUGCCCAGUCCUUAACAGAAUAUGGAGAUGAAAAUAAGAAACAAAAAGGAACACAUAAUACUACGGGUCAAGAUGAUCUUGGUCUGGUUGAGCUUGCCCCUUCUCUGCCUUAUCAUGAACUUAAGUCAAAAGGGAGUCCUUCUUGUGUACAACCAGAGCAUAUUAAGCAUGUGGAAGGCUUAGGGAUCAGCCUGCCAUUAGAGUUCAGAGAAGUAGGCGGGCAGCCUAGUUCAUCACAGCCUGAUGCUGGCACUGUCAAAUAUGGAAAAAACGUUCCUGUUGCUGCUGCUGCUGCAGCUGCAGCAGCUGUUGUUGCUUCUUCUAUGGUGGUUGCUGCAGCAAAGUCAAGCACUGCCGAUUCAAAAAUUGAACUUCCUGUCACAGCUGCUGCCACGGCUACUGCUGCAGCUGUCGUAGCAACAACCGCAGCUGUCAGUAAGCAGUAUGAGCAUCUGGAGGCUUCUGUGCAAAGGCCAAGUGGUGCUGCUGCUUGCUUUAAUCAAGUGAAUUGCAUGCGAAAUGAAGGGGAUGUAGAUGGCGCUGGCAUUGGUUGUGAGGCACAAGGUAGCAGUGAUCGAGAGCCUGAAGCUUUGGGGCCAAAUCCAGAAAGCGAGAGAAUAUCAGAUAGGUCGAUAGGUAAUGAUAGUGCAAAAUCAGAAGUGGCACUUGAUGAUGUCGCUGAGUGUGAGAUUGCAUGGGAGGAUAUCACCUUGGGUGAGCGUAUCGGACUUGGAUCAUAUGGAGAGGUAUAUCGUGGAGAUUGGCAUGGGACUGAAGUUGCUGUUAAGAAGUUUUUGGACCAAGAUAUAUCCGGCGAGUCACUUGAAGAAUUCAAAAGUGAGGUUCGGAUCAUGAAAAAAGUGAGGCAUCCAAAUGUUGUUCUCUUCAUGGGUGCUGUAACUCGUGCUCCAAAUCUUUCUAUUGUUACAGAAUUUCUCCCUAGGAUUGAAGACAUGUCAGCAUUAUGGAGAUUUGGAAGGAAAUGGAUACACAUUUUAAAGGGGAAGAAGACUUGGGUUUUGGUUUGGGAUAAGAUUCAAUUUUUGUUUUCUUUAUGGGCUGUUGUUGCAGGUUGUUUCAAGGGAAUGUGUCUUGAGGAUGUUCAGCAUGAUUGGGGCAGUUUGUAUAGAUUAAUUCACCGGCCUAAUAAUCAAUUAGAUGAGCGUAGGCGUUUAAGAAUGGCCCUUGAUGCAGCUCGGGGAAUGAAUUAUUUGCACAACUGCACACCUGUGAUUGUUCAUCGUGAUUUGAAAUCCCCAAACCUUCUUGUUGAUAAGAAUUGGGUUGUGAAGGUAUGUGAUUUUGGGUUAUCACGAAUGAAGCACAACACAUUUCUUUCUUCAAGAUCAACUGCUGGGACGGCUGAGUGGAUGGCUCCUGAAGUACUAAGAAAUGAGCCUUCAAAUGAAAAAUGCGAUGUCUUUAGCUUUGGUGUCAUAUUAUGGGAGCUGUCUACGCUGCAACAACCUUGGGGAGGAAUGAAUCCAAUGCAAGUGGUUGGUGCUGUUGGAUUUCAGCAUCGUCGUCUUGAGAUUCCUUCUGAUAUGGACCCUGCUAUUGCAGAUAUUAUUCAGAGAUGCUGGCAGACUGAUCCAAAAAUGAGGCCUUCAUUUUCUGAGAUCAUGGCUGCUUUGAAGCCAUUACAAAAACCUAUAUCCAGUUCACAAGUGCCAAGACCGACUCAAUCCUUAAGCAGUAAUGUACAGAAGGGCCAGGCAUCACGAGACACAGAAGAGCCAGCAAACUAAAAGAACCUUUGGGAUGCACAAUAAUGUAUGACUCGGUGGAAUACCAAAAAAACGAACGGAUGCAAGUCCAGGAUUAUUUGGGACGAAUGUAAGAAAGAGAUUUGCUUAAAGUUUCUGACUGAUACUUCCAACUUGAGGUGAUUGUGAUUCUUUUUUCUUUUUUUUUUUCUUUUUUUUUAACCUCGUCUCUUCCUUGUUUCCAUUCUUGGCCCUGCCGCGCUGCCAUUCAUAAUGAUGUGUAUUUGUUUAUAAAAUUUCAUUUGAAUUUGUUGUAAUCAAGGUUUGAGGUUUUUUGAGUGUUAUUGAAAAGUUUACGUUGUGUGA